AGGGAGGGGAGAUAAAGGGAGUUACCACCGUCUUGGCAUCGCUCUUGCUUUCAAACCUCUCUGUAAUGAUAUUGUUUGCAGUGAUGCUCAGACAGCGAGCACCUGCUGCUCUGUAAUGAUUCAGCCUCUUUCAGCCGCCGCUGUAACACGACAGGAUGCUGCUGCUACUGUCACUUCUGCCGCUGCCGCUGUUGUUAGAGAUUUUGCUUUUGCUCCUUCUACCGCAUGACAAUUGUUUUCCUCGUCUAAGCAGAUACCAGCCUCAGAUGCUCAAGGUGAGAGUCUUGCCUUUCGCUCUGGGCUACUGGUUUACUUAAUCUGGUCAGUUUGUUCAGUGUUUGUGGUUUUCUUUAUCUCAUGACCCUCCUUACCCCUAUUUUGUUUUGUUGUGCUUGCUUUUGGGGGAAUGUUUCUUUCCCCUGGAGAAGAACUGGAAUUGCUUGAGAGGCGUUUAAGGAAUUAUAAAAGUGGCUAGCAAACAGGAGCUUAGUAAUUGCAAAGCUAUUCUCACUUCAGAGAAGCAGAGACAGUAACAGAGGGCUUGGGGACACAGGGACUGGGGGGGGAUCUAAUUUUUCCUGUGCAUUACUCCUCUCUCAGUUUGGAUGAUGUUGCUGAGCUUCGACCUUUUAUUGACUCCCACUCUGUGAUUUUUGCAGAGCACUGUGACUAUUACUACCGUCUCUUUUUGUCUGUGUCUCACAGUAAUGGACUGUGAUAGAGUUAAGGCCUUUUGGAGGUGAGCUGUUUGAGAGCUGAUGCUUAAACAUGUCUGAAGUAGCUGCCGACACUUUCCCCAGCCCCUCAGCUCAGCUGAGCCCUGAUGCGUCCCUCAACGGGCUCCCGGAUGAGGAGAACAUGCCGGGGACCCAAAGAGAGGACAGGAGGGUCCAGGGGAUAGCAGGCCUUGCCGCAACCUGCUGUGCGUGCCUGGAGGCCGAGCGACUGAAGGGCUGCCUCAACUCUGAAAAGAUCUGCAUCGCCCCUAUCUUGGCUUGCCUGCUUAGCCUUUGCCUCUGCAUUGCUGGCCUCAAGUGGGUCUUUGUGGACAAGAUUUUUGAGUAUGACUCUCCUACCCACCUUGACCCUGGGAGGAUAGGACAAGACCCAAAGAGUGCUGUGGAUCCUACAGCUCUGUCUGCCUGGGUGCCUUCGGAGGUGUAUGCCUCACCCUUCCUCGUACCUAGCCCCAAGAGCAAGGCUGAAGUGACAGUGCACAGUGACAGCUCACUUGUACCCUCCAAACCGUUCCUCCAGCCUUCUCUAUAUAACCGCAUCCUAGAUGUUGGGUUGUUGUCCUCUGCCGCACCUUCGCUGUCACCACCCGCCCUGGAGCCUACCACAGCAUCUCAGGCACAAGCAACAGAAACCAAUCUCCAAACUGCUCCAAAACUUUCCACUUCCACAUCUACAACUGGGACAAGUCAUCUCACAAAAUGUGACAUAAAGCAGAAAGCCUUCUGUGUAAAUGGGGGAGAGUGUUACAUGGUUAAAGACCUCCCAAACCCCCCAAGAUACCUGUGCAGGUGCCAACCUGGAUUCACUGGAGCAAGAUGUACUGAAACUCUGCCCAUGAAAAUCCAAAACCAAGAAAAGCAUCUUGGGAUUGAAUUUAUGGAAGCUGAGGAACUGUACCAGAAACGGGUGCUGACCAUAACUGGCAUUUGCAUUGCUCUUCUAGUAGUUGGCAUCAUGUGUGUGGUGGCCUACUGCAAAACCAAGAAGCAGAGGAAGAAGUUGCACGACCGCCUUCGGCAGAGCCUGCGCUCGGAGAGGAACAACGUGAUGAACAUGGCCAACGGGCCGCACCACCCCAACCCGCCGCCAGAUAAUGUCCAGCUGGUCAACCAGUACGUUUCGAAAAAUGUAAUCUCCAGUGAGCAUGUCAUCGAGCGAGAAACAGAGACCUCGUUUUCUACAAGCCACUACACCUCAACAACACAUCACUCCGUGACAGUCACCCAGACACCUAGCCACAGCUGGAGUAAUGGCCACACUGAAAGCAUCCUCUCCGAAAGCCACUCGGUGCUCGUCAGCUCCUCCAUGGAGAACAGCAGGCACGCCAGCCCAGCAGGGCCGCGGGGCCGUCUCAACGGCAUCGGCGGCCCACGGGAAGGCAGCAGCUUCCUCCGGCACGCGAGGGAGACCCCGGACUCCUACCGAGACUCUCCUCACAGCGAAAGGUAUGUCUCAGCUAUGACCACACCAGCUCGCAUGUCACCCGUCGAUUUUCACACUCCAACUUCUCCCAAGUCCCGCCCCUCCACAAUGUCACCACCGGCCUCCAGCUUGACCGUCUCCAUCCCUUCAGUGGCGGUGAGCCCCUUCAUAGAAGAGGAGCGACCGCUGCUCCUGGUGACUCCACUGCAGCUGCAUGAGAAGUACGACCACCACCUUCAGCAGUUCAACUCCUUUCACCACAACGCCGCCCACGAGAGCAGCAGCCUGCCGCCGAGCCCUCUGCGCAUCGUGGAGGACGAGGAGUACGAGACCACGCAGGAGUACGAACCAGCACAGGAGCCUCCAAAGAAACUCACCAACAGCCGGAGGGUCAAAAGAACAAAGCCCAACGGCCACAUUUCCAGCAGGGUGGAGCUGGACUCUGACACAAGCUCUGAGAGCAGCAGCUCUGAGACCGAAACCGAAGAUGAAAGAAUAGGUGAGGAUACACCAUUCCUGAGCAUACCGAACCCCGGGGCAGCCGGUCUGGAGCCAGCCAGCGCCUUCCGGCUGGCUGAAACCAGGACUAACCCGGCAAAUCGCUUCUCCACACCAGAAGAGUUGCAAGCAAGGUUGUCCAGUGUGAUAGCUAACCAAGACCCUAUUGCUGUAUAAAACAUAAAACACAUAGAUUCACAUGUAAAACUUUAUUUUAUAUAAUGAAGUAUUCCACCUUUAAAUUAAACGAUUUAUUUUAUUUUAGCAAUUCCGCUGAUAGAAGACAGGAGGGGAAAAAAAAAACUUUUAUAAAUUAAAUAUACGUAUGUACAAAUGUGUUAUGUGCCAUAUGUAGCAAUUUUUUACAGUAUUUCAAAAAUGGGGAAAGAUAUCAAUGGUGCCUUUAUGUUAUGUUAAGUUGAGAGCAAGUUUUGUACAGUUACAAUGAUGACUGUCCCAUAGUAUUUUGCAAAACCUUUUAGCCCUCAGUUGUCCUAGCUUUUUUGUGCACUGCAUUAUAAUGACUGGAUAUAUGAUUUGCAAGAAUUGCAGAAGUCCCUCUGGUCGCUUGCUGUAGAGUCUCCAAAUCAGAAAGCCCUGUAAUGGCACUCCCACCCUACUCCACCAGAAGAACACACACAUACACACACACAGAGUCAGAAAGGGGAAAAAAAAAAAAAAAGAUUAAAAAAAAAGAUAAAAAAGUAAAAAAAAAAAAAAGUUUCUUAUAUGAGAACUUUUAUUUGCUUUCCGUAUAUGAGAUGAGUUUUGUCUGCUCUCUGCCAGCCAAAAGGUUUGCUUCUUUGAGCACUGGGAUAAUAGUAGAUCAAACAGCAUGCUACUAUUAAUUACAGCAGGAUAACAAAAAACAUACAAACAAAAAAAAAAGCCAACCUGCAUUAAAUAAUGUUACUUAUAGAAAGAAAGUAAUACUGUGAUUUUAAAUCAAAUAUAUUAUUAAUCAGAGGUCAGCUUGUAAUCACUAGGAGCUGCCAUUUCAUUAUUUUCCAGAUACUAAUUGUUCUAGUUAUCCCUUAGGAAAUGGGUUUAAGUUAGCUGAGGCUUUGAACCCAAUAUUCUAUUUAAAUAAAAAAAAAAGAAAAAAAAAAGAAGAAAACAAAAAAAAUUUAAAAAAAGAAAACAUUUAUAUUAGUUUAUGUUAAUGGGGCAAAUAUAAUAGAUAUCUGUAAUCAAACAAGGAAGAGAUCUAGCUGGAAAACAAAUGCCACUAAUAAAAGUGCAAUCAGUUUUCACCUCUAUUUCUUAAUGUUGAUUUCUAAUACAUUAUUUGUUCUUUUGUUUCCCAUCAAUUUUCUGCCCCUUUUUCCUUUCCUCAGAAAGAACCCUGACAAGCUUCUAGCAAUACCUUGUUAGAGUUGCUGUUGGAGUAAGGCUUACUCUUGGACAUAAAAAGGCCUUUCAGGGAAGAAGAACGUGAUUGUCUGAAUGGUUAAAAAGUAUAGGCAUGUAGGAGGGCAGAUGUAUGGAGGACAAAGCAGAUGUAUGGAGUUUAUUUCCACUCACCUUUACUGACUCCAUUACCAGGGUUUCGAGAGGCAGGGCUGAUGCAGAGCCCAUUUAUGAAGGCAGGCACACCAUGUGAGUUACAGCCCUAGUAACCCAUGUGUGACUAUUUAAUAUCAGUGUUUAUAUAACCAGUGACAGUUAGAAGUCAUUGCCUAGUAAUGAGCAAGGAUGCUGUCAGUGUGGAGCAAAUGCAUCCAUCCAGACAGAAGCAAAUGGUCUCUUUUGCACUGAAUUCCUAUCAGUUUAGUCAGGGUCACUCUGCCUCUUCUAUUAUUUUGACUUUUUUGUUAUGUGUUCAGCUGGCACAGCAUUGACUCAGGAUUGAUGUGGAAAACAAAUGUUUUUCCUGGACUCUGGGGAUUCUGAAAAUGAGAACAUAUGUUUUACAGGUAUUACUGAGCUCUAAAUAAGAGCCCUGUCAAGACAAAAAUAUUUUCAGCCAAACUACACUCAUCCUUUGGGCCACAUUCUGGUCCUAGUUAAAUGAAGAGAAAUACAUCAAGGAAAAUUUGUGAGAUGCAAACCUGAGAAACAAAAAGUCCCAGAUCAGUAAAUUGUUCAAGCAUAUGCUUAUGCUAAUCCCAGCAAAAGUUACCUUCAGCAUGUGCUAGACUGUCAUUGACACAUCCAGCACAUGCAAAAAGUUAAGCAUGUGCCUAAGAGUUUUGCUGAACAAGGUGUCCUAUUGAUUUAAGACUGAAAGAAAAGUAUAGCAAAAGAAGACUUUGCCAGUAUGACAAAAAUCAGUGAGUUCCUCAAGGUAUAAAGAACCACAUCACAUUAGUAAGAACACAGGUUAGUCUACCUGAACACCAGAUUCAGCAGGGGAAAAAAAAAAAAAAAACAAAAAAACAAACAAAAAAAAAAAAACCCACACCUUAGUACAGGAAACUAGAAUGUUAGUGAUAGAACCAAAAGGCUAGGAAACUAGCACAUCUUUGGGCCAUGAAGUGGCUGAAAUGGCACUGCUUAUUUGAGAAAUCUAUGGGAGAUGACAAGUACAUACUGUCUGGACUUAAGUCCCCUUUGCAAUUUUUCCCUAGCUGGCAUGUACUUGAACACACUUUGCCUUUGCAGACUGAAACAAAAGCUCUCUACAAAUUCUAUACACCAUAUUCUCAUUUUCAUCCCUUUAGUCAUACGUGUUUAUCUGCAAUCUCAUGCAGCAGAAUAUCCACCUCUCCAGUAACUCUGCAACUCAGUAAUACGGAGGGCCAGGUGGGCUUUCCUAAUGAAGGCCACAAGUUUCCAAAAGAUUUGCACUGUUGAGUUUCCUUGGGCACUUGAAUAUCUGUCCCUUCAGGAAGGCCUCUGACACUGCAAAGACCUUGCAGGACAGAUGAGACAGAAAAAGGAUGGCAGAGAAAAUGAGAUUUGCCCCAAAAUCACCCAUCUUAGUGGCAGAAUAGAGAUUAUAACACAGGUAAUUUGUACACUCUUCAGUAUAUAUCAACCACAAGGCCAGCUCUCAUUGGAGUAUCUAUAAUAGCCCAGACAGAUUAAUGAGGAUGGAAAGGGAACAUGCCUUGACAUUGAGUAGAUUAUUUGACUACUAACACGGUUAUUUUGGAGGGACAGUACAAAAUGAAGGAGCAAUUCCAUUUUUGGGAGCUGUACAUGUGAGAUUUAUUGGGUAUAGGUCUAGGGAAAAAUGUCACACCUCUUCUGUUGUAGUGCCUCAAAGUCAAAUUGCUGUGCAGUUCCUGUUAUUCCUUCCCCUCGGAACAUACACAGUGUGUUAUAGGGCAAGCAUGAAAUUAGGCUGGAGACUUCACAUGGACCUAAGAACAAGAAAAUACAAUUGGGGAUAUGGCUGCCUAAGCCCUUAGAUCUUUGUGAAGAACCCAGCCUUACAGCACAAUUCAUGCAGCAGCGAAUUCAGGAAUUGCCCUGGCUUGGCGCGCACAGAAGCGGUAGGAGGACACAGACCCUCACCUCUAAACUUGUGUUUAUCGCUCUGUGAGGGUGUUUCACAUCAGUCAGGUCCACACCCAGAAGUUAGUGAGUCUACCUGGCCACAGGUGCUGCUGGCGGGCUGCAGCCAGUUCCUGCUGGCCAAGAGGCUGCAGCAGCACAGAGCAGAGCCAGCAAGUGCCUAUGGAAAAGGCCAGCUUCCCUGUUGGGGAUACUUGCUUCAUUUCCCAGACCUUUGAGCUAGGCAGUCCCAACACCCUUGAGCCAUCACUGUGUGAUGCUUGCCUGUUCUUUGGCUGAAAGUCGUGGCAAGAAUAACCAUACUUUGAAGAGAGGGGAAAAUAUUCCAGUGGUGGCAGAGUUAUUAAGAUUGUCCUGGUUUGUUUCCAUGCCAUUUAGUUUGAGACAUGAGUUUUUCCUGUGUUUAUAUGCAGGAAUUGUUCCAAGUUGAAAGGCUUCUUUCAAGAGUGUAUAGCUGGAUUAUGUUGUGCACAACCUGGUACAGCCUGCCUGUUGAAGGGGUGUAAAUCAUUACAGCUCCAUACAGAUUCUCAUGCAACAGAGAAAAGCCUACUCCCUCCUUUUGGCCCAGUUAUUCCCUUCCUCACUUGAGCCACCCCGACACACCCAGGUUUAAGAGAUCAAUCACUGCCUUUAUCAGGGAAACAGGAAAGCUCCUUCUUUCCAGUACUUCAAAACAACAAUGCUGCAUCUUCCUGCUUCUCUCACACACAUUGCAAGCAGUUUCCUGAGCAUCCAGGAUAGCAAACUGGUGUCUCCCCAAAGGACACACCUCUCAACCUGUUGAGCACUUCUUGGCUCUGCAGUAUGGCUACUUACCAUUACCUGGGUCUUACUUCUCUAGUGAGAAACAAAAAAGCACCUAUGAAAUGCUGCAGAGAAGGGCAGACAAAGAACAUGGCCAAUUAUCAUCAUUUGUAAUUCUCUAUUCUAUUGUAAAUAUGUCGUGUACAUAUGUGGAUGUUUUUUCAUUAUUUACUGUCUUUAUGGAUAUUGUGUUAAAUGAGACGCUCUUAGUUUUAUUGUGUAACACUGUAAAUAACAUAACAUCCUUUAUUAUUUAUGCAUAGGCAUCUAACACUCAGAGAAAGUUAUCCUCAUAUUAUUUUAAGAUAUAUGUCACAAAGAUGUUGCAUUUUUCCUUUUACUUUGAAGAAAUUGUAAUAUAUCCUCUUUUUCCCCUCUUUUCCUUUAAAAAAAAGACAAAUGCUAAUUUAUUGUUCAGGAGAGAAAGGGGAUGUAACUGAAAGGCAAACUGUUCAAAGAAUAUGCUGUGGAAGCCACAAGCUACUGAUAAACUAAAGAAUUUAUUACCCCAAAUACAGCAAUAAGUAAUUGUUGAUUUAUUAAGGUUUUGUUAUUCAUUUUCAGUAAAAGAGGUGCUGGAUUAAAUUGUUUAUGUGUGGUCCUGGCCCAUCUGCUCAGCAGACUGUGCCAGGUCAGUAGCUACCAUCUUUCUGUAUCCAAACAUUGUUGUAAAGGUCUUGUUCUAUUGUUGUGGAUCACUGUUCCUUGAGAUUUCUGACUCAUCCCUGUGGGGGGGUCUCUGGCAGACACUCUUGCUCCUACAAUCAUUUUUAGUUUCUUAAGUUAGAAUUAUUAGCUCUACCCUGACCAUUACUGCUUAAGAUGGAUGGGGUUUGGGGAGAGGGAGGAGUUGGGGGGCGGAAAUUACACAGUCUUGGGACUGUGGGAGGCUGCUCUACAAAAAUGUCACCUCACUGUUCAGCAACAGUCAAUAAAGCAAAGCAGAUACCAGGAA